UUUGUUUUGUUGUUUAUUUUAACAAUUUGUUAUCUGAAAAAUACCUUGUUUUGCCAAAUUUGCCAUUGGCAACGCUUGUGUUGAUUGGUUCGUGAUCAGGAAAAUCUUUUCGCGGGACGAUGGAUUGGCGCAUGUACCUCGUAGUGGGAGAUGACCGACACCGUCUCAAAGAAGGAGUAACCCUAAUCGGAUCGGCUGAAAACGACCGGUUCAGUGUGAUUCGAUUGCAACACAAGUCAGUAUGUGCCAAACAUGCCGCCAUCAAAUGUGUUCCGGCUUCGCACGAUGUCUACAUAAUGGACCUAUGUUCCCAUGCCGGCAUUCUGUUGACCGAUGAUCGUGUACAAAUGCAGCCCGUGCCACCCUUGGAAUGGCUCAAACUGUUUGGCAGCAAAGUGAAGCUCGUGUUUGGAUCCGUCACCUGCCAACUGGAAGUCGUAAGCAGCACCAGUCGAAAAUCCAAUGCCAGUAUGGCAUCUUUUUUCGAAUCUUCUGUUGACUCCAUCGAUUGUAGCUUGGAUGAAGCUCCACAGGUGCGAUCUCGGCUUGUUAAAAACAAACUGUCCAAUGAUAAUCAUGGGGACAAUAACAGUACCAGUGAAAACCAGAAUUCUAAUGUGUCGAAAACUGUAACUAACAUAUCGAACCGUCAAGAAAAUAGUUUUCUAAUUCCUGCAACUCAAACCCAUGGAAAUGAGUCAUGCAGCUCGACGCGUAAUUCCACUUCUAUAGCAGAAAAGUCGCGAACCAGUUUGCCACAAGCUUCUUUGGAUGAGAUGGACGACCUUUUCUUCAUCCCAGAAACGCAGGAAUGUAUUGAGCAACCCGAUGAAUCACAGAUUAUAGCACCGAUUGGAAGCACUAUUGGUCAAGGUGAGAAAGAGGACGACUUUCUACGAUUUGAAACGGAAGAUGACGAGAAUACCGGUGAUGGGCUUUUCAAUAACCCAUACGUCGAGUCGCAGAAUCUGCUUAAGAAUAUGGACGAAUCCUACCGAAAAAGUAUUGGUGAAGAGCGAAAAUCCAUUCUACCGGAUCGUUCUGUCGAUUCCAUUUCUUUCCAUGGAAAAAUUCCAGCCGAAGAAACCGAUGAUGAUCUAAGCAAGAUCGAAUGGAAUGACUCGAAGGCUACCUCUAAGGAUCAAGUUAACUUCGUACCAAUUACAGCGGAGGACCGCGAAGGUUCUAUCACUCCUGAACUCAACUUCGAUAGUCGACCAGCAUCGACAAGGAAUUUGAUGCCAGACAACGAAGAGGAACGUGUGGAAUCAGCUACUCCUGAUUUGGAGUUUGAUCGAAUCACUCCUCAACAACCGCCAGAUCCGGUACUCGUCAGAAAAUUAUCGCUUCGUAAGGAUGCGAUCGAAGAUAUACUGCAACAGGGUCCAACUGAGCCAGGAAGCCGAGGGGAAUCUGUAACACCUGAUCUAGAGUUUCCUGAGAAGAAUGAAGACGAGGAGGAUGUGCAUGAUCCGUAUCUUCAAGCGACGCAAGCUUUACCUGCCAUGCCGAAUUUCGCUGUGCCACAAUCGAUUAGUGCGUAUGAUUUGGCUACUCAAAUCGAUCCGGCAAUUUCUAGUCGUAAUUGCGGUACUUCCGAAGAAGCCGCAUAUGACAUGCUAACUCAAAAGAUGCCCGACGAAGCACUCAAAUCUGCUCGUUCCCUUCGUAAAGCGGUAAUUCAGGUAACCGAUUUGCGUCAGCGAAAGGGCAACGUUUCUCUUCGGGCAAACAAGGAAUUUGAACUAGAUCCGUUUGAAUUAGCUACCCAACCCCUCCCAACUGAUGAAAUACGCGAUGUGUACGAUCUGCAAACUCAGCCACUCAGAAGAGCUUCAAACAUAGGAAAUGGUUUAAAUGUAGAAGACCUGGCAGAUACGAUUCCUUUGGAAAUGCCAAGAUCUCCACCGUCAUGGACCAAUUUAGCACCAUCCGAUGACUUCUACAAUAUGCAAACCCAACCAUUAGCGGCCAAAAAAUCGGACAGUAGUUUACCAUUGGAUGGAACCUUUCGACCACCAGCAAACAGCACAUACAGGCAGUCCAUUUUGAGUAGCCCAAUUCAUGACGAAGAACAAGCAGCAGUAACGGAAAAUGACGAGCUGAAUAUUUCUCCAUCUUCCAACAAGGAAAAUCAGGAAGAAACAAACCAGCAUCGCUCAGACCGUAAAACAAAGUCAAAAGAUUCAAAACAGAGCCUAUCUACUACUUCCGAAGCACCGGAAAGUUCUGUCAGAGAGGAGCUUACCCAAUCCGACGAGGAGUAUUGCUUGGCCUCUACGAUGCCUGUCGCUGAAACUACGCGCCAAGUUAAUGAAGAUUCAUCGUCUGUUUCUAAAAAACCUUCAAAGAAAACUAAAUCAAAAGACAACAUUAACGCCAAACUUCCGGCAAAUCGAAACACACCGUCGAGUACCAAAAGCUCGGUUGUUAGUGGUAAUAGUGAGGAAACCCCACUCUCUAGAGGCGGAAGUUCUGGGGGUGAUGCUUUAUCGUUUGAUUUUAACACCCCAGAUCAUCCGUUCUUGAAUGCGGUUAAAAAGGAAAAAAUCCUAGCCGUCUCGGAUAUGAUUAAAAAUCGCUCAUCAGCGCCUAACGCUGACACUGCGUUAUCACGCAAAUACAAAUACAUUUUCGGAGACAGCUCCGAUGAGGACCAAGAACCAAACGAACCAGUGUUUCUUAAAAAGGAUAGUAAGAUUCAGGUGAUGAAAUACGACAAGGAAGAGCAGACAUCAACAACAAAAUCAGUUGCGAGUGAAGAAUCGACAAAGUUGCCUGAAAGACAUUCAAAACGUGAGAAGAAGAAAACCCGACGGUACUCAGACGAUGAGAGUGCAAGUGUAGCCUCUACCAGAUCUAGUGUAAGAUCCGCACGAAGUACGGUUUCUCGUACUGCGAAAACGAAGGCUGACGAAGCUGCCAGCGAACCUAAAACCAGAAAGAGAAAAGCUGCUGAAACACCUGCUCUUCCAUCAGAUGCCAUGACAAACGGCGCACCAAAGCACAGUAAAACUGGCAAGAAAUCCUCCGAGGAACUAUCCGAGCCGAAGGCUGGACCUUCGAAACCAUCUGAACCAUCUGCAGUAUCGAAACGAUCAAAGCGACUGAAGCAAACCACCACAGAGGACGUUACCACCCCCAACGAUAAACAACCAGCGAAGCUAGCUGUCAACCAAACCGUGCCAGUCGUGGAACAGCGUGCUUCCCGUGCUAGGUCAAAGCGAACAACUGCUAAAUCCGCGGUAGAUAAACUGCCCUCUACGGACGAGGCAGCAACCAGUAGUACAUCGGAAGCGUUGAACACGAGCGUUUCCGGUUCGGAAUCAUCCAGUACGCGUAAAUCGUCCCGAGCUGUCAAGCCACGGAUGAUGUUCACGAAAAUGAGCCCGGAACCGUACAAGCGAAUGAUUACGAGAGCUGGAGGUUUCAUCGUGGACAUGCCUGAGCUUGCAUCGAUGCUAGUCUCCGACCGUGUCUAUCGCACCUACAAGUUCCUUUGUGCCAUUGCUAGGGGCAUCCCGAUAGUGGACCAUUCCUAUCUGGAGCAGGUUGAGAAGAAGCGCGAUUUUGUCGAUCCUUGGGCGUACAUUCUGCAGGACCAUGAAAUGGAACGUCGGUUCAAAUUCAAUUUGAAGAAAUCGCUUUCCCUAGCCCGGGACGCAAAAAUUUUCGAGGGUUACUCAGUAAUUGUGACGGCAAGCACGAAACCACCACCGGAGGAAUUACAGUUGAUUGUAACCAGUGCCGGUGGACGGGUUAUUAAGUUCCCCAGCCAGCAGCCAAAGCACGCGGACAAACUAUUCGCCGUAUCCGAUCAGCAGGAUAAGGCAGUGUGGCCGAAACUACAGGAACGUUAUCCACAGAUCGAGAUAAUCAGCACCGAAGGACUUAUGCUCUCUGUAAUGCAGCAUUACAAGAACUUUCGAAACUACAGAUUAGCGUGAUCAAUCCUCCAGGAGACAAAAUACCAGUGGCACAUUCUACUUUUAAUGAUUAUUUAUUUUAUUUCUAUUACAAAAACAUGUUUUACUGAAUGCCAUCGGUGCCCCAAUUAAAUGUACUGUUUCGAUUCUUGUUAACUUUUCUCUCACAAAUAAUAUACUUUG